GACCUUUUGUGUAAAUUUUAGUUUACUUUCUUUACAUGUUUAUAUUGAAUGGUUAUAAUAGACAAUUAUCGGGGAGGGCUCUAUUACUUAUUUUAAAUACUGGGAACAGUUAGUUGAAAAUGAGAUGACUGAUACUAGAGUAAGUCCCUUUCAAAGCCGAGUGCGAAGCAUGGGAUGCUGAUUUUUAGCAGAGAGUAGAUACUCUUCAAGCUUGGCUUUUUAGUAAUGGGCUGUCCUAUUCAUCAAGAUUUAUCAAAGCAACAGCUGCUCCAUCAAUACACCCUUUGGAAAUAGAAAAGAAACUUCAUGGGGGGAAGAACAAAGGAAUGCUCAUGAAAGUAAUAAAGAGUAUUUAAAUUCUCAGUGUUCUAGGGGUCAUGUAGGUGAGGGAGUGACACAAUCAGGUUAGUCCUUGAUUGUGUCUAUUUUUCUAACAUUACUACAUUGGUACUUCAAAGAUCCAAAUUGAAUUGAAGAACUCCCAAAGUUAUAGUUUGUGCCCAAAAUAUGAAAGGAGUUAAGAAGAUUCAAUGAUGUAGAGCUCUGUAGUCAGUUGUGGCCGUCGCAGUGGCCCUGCGCUACACAAAACGGUGUUGCGGCGUGGAUUAGGGUUGCAGCCGUAGCGGUGUUCUUUGUGGUGCAAUUGCGGGUGGGAGAAGACAAAUUCAUGCAGGGAAGAAAUGCUACAGUUAUUUAAGGAUGGCAAGUCAGAAAUACCCUCACUGAUUAAACUUUUUUAGGGUUUUUUAAUUUCUUUUUUGUCUUUCUCUUUCUCGGUUAUUUUUAAGUAUAAAAAUAAAAAUAAGAAAGGUGUAGACAUACAGUAAUUGUACGGGACCUUCUAUUUGAAAGCUAUGUUCUGAAGCUUCUUCUCGACCCUUCUUCUCCUACCAACAUAGCUUUCUUUUCAAAGUAGAGAUUUCAACUCGUCCCUGUCUUCUCAUCCCUGCUCUGUUCUCGUCCCUGCCAACAGAGCUUUCUUCUCAAAGCUUUCUCGUGGUACCCCAUUAUUGUGCUCUGUUUUUUUGUUUCUGCGUUUACAGUCCUGUAUUUUGCUUUAUAUUAUAUUUGAAAUAUUAGUAGCAAUGAACUUUAAAGUUAUGACUAAUGAAUAUGUAUUAAGUGUUUUUAUUUUUUAUUUUUUAGCCUCUAUAUGUGUAUGGUAUAAAUUGCUUGUAAUGUUCACCUAGACUUCGAUGUAGUGGUCAUACCUCUACCUGCUACACCGCUAUAGCGUUUUGGGGGUUGGCCCUACUACUGACUACAUAGAUAUAGAGGGCAAAAUAUGGUGAUUGAUAGAGAGGAUGAUUUGAUAAAAUGAUGUAUUGUGAAGUUGAGUUGUAGCAAACUUCCAAGUAUUGUUGGUUACUCCUUGCAUUAAACAUUUUAUUAGCUUAAUAUCAUCCUUUUUCCUGUAUUCUAUUUUAUUUUCGAGAAAACCUUCCGAGGUAAAAAUCCCUGCUGUCUCUCCCCAACAACAAGUUUGUAGUUUUCCUUUGCAUAACAGAGAACGUGGAUCAUAUUUUACCCAAGUCAAUUAGAUCUGCUGAGCUAAAGUGGCCUUGCUUCUGUUUCAAUUAUGUUCCAUUAGUGCUUUUUGAAAAAUCAUGAAUUGUCCACUUCUUAUCUCUUUUGAAAGCCACAAAUACUAUAAACUCUCCUUUUCUCCUAAAGCAUUAGAUUACUUUUAGUAAAGAGGAAAGUGAGGAAGCACAAUUAAGGGGAGAAUAAAAUUAUUAAAAUAUUCUCAAAAAUAAAAGACUUCAAACCCUAAGGAACUUGGAAAAUCUAGACUGCACCGAUGGUGCCCAUUUCCAGUCUUUGGAUAUCAUAAGUUGAAUCUUCUCCCUCAAAAUAGCCAGAGCGGAACAGGAAAGGAGAAGCCAAAAGCACACUCCAAUGACAUGGCAGUUUGGGGGCCAAGGACACCCAUAAAGGAGAAAGCAUUUUACGCCAAAUACCCUAUUAAACUGAUUAAACAUGAUGUGACACAAGCAUAAGAUGAACAUAAAUGCCCUGAAUUAACACGACAGGAGAAGCUCCCCCCUACUUUCAAAUAUGUAGGAUAUUCUAUGUUAACUCAAUUACUGUACCUUUCCAAGAUGAGAUAUAUUCAUGCUGCGUGGGUCUUGCUCUAUAUUUGAUCGGUCAGGAAGAUAUGUUAUUACUGGUUCAGAUGAUCGACUCGUAAAAAUUUGGUCAAUGGAAACUGCAUAUAGUUUGGCCAGUUGCCGUGGACACGAAGGUGACAUUACUGACUUGGCUGUGAGUUCAAACAAUGCUUUAGUUGCAUCCUCAUCAAAUGACUGUAUUAUUCGAGUUUGGCGCUUGCCAGAUGGCUUACCAAUAUCAGUUUUGCGGGGACAUACUGGAGCUGUUACAGCCAUAGCCUUUAGUCCCAGACCUAAUGCUGUUUAUCAGCUUUUAUCUUCCUCUGACGAUGGAACUUGUAGGAUAUGGGAUGCAAGGCAUACCCAGUCAAGUGCAAGAUUAUAUGUUCCAAGGCCUUCUGAUUCUGUUGGAAGGAGCAGUGGCCCAUCCUCAAAUGCAAUGCCACAGAGCCAUCAAAUUUUUUGCUGUGCAUUUAAUGCUAAUGGAACUGUCUUUGUCACUGGUAGCUCUGAUAAUCUUGCGAGGGUCUGGAAUGCUUGUAAACUUAGUAUGGAAGAUGCAGACCAACCAACUCAUGAGAUAGAUGUACUGUCUGGUCAUGAAAAUGAUGUAAACUAUGUGCAAUUUAGUGGAUGUGCAGUAGCAUCUCGAUUUUCCACAACAGAAACUUGGAAGGAGGAAAAUAUUCCCAAAUUCAAGAAUUCCUGGUUGAAUCAUGACAACAUAGUCACCUGCUCUCGUGAUGGGAGUGCUAUUAUAUGGAUUCCAAAAUCACGCAGGUCACAUGGAAAAAGUGGUCGCUGGACUCGGGCAUAUCAUCUCAGAGUUCCACCUCCACCUAUGCCUCCACAACCUCAGAGAGGUGGUCCACGCCAGAGAAUUCUACCAACUCCACGUGGUGUAAAUAUGAUUGUUUGGAGCCUAGACAACCGAUUUGUCCUUGCAGCUAUCAUGGAUUGCCGAAUCUGUGUUUGGAAUGCUUCUGAUGGCAGCUUAGUGCACUCAUUGACUGGACAUACUGAAUCUACAUAUGUUCUAGAUGUUCAUCCUUUUAAUCCGAGGAUAGCAAUGAGUGCUGGAUAUGAUGGAAGAACUAUUGUAUGGGAUAUAUGGGAAGGUGUGCCAAUCAGAAUAUAUGAGAUAUCACGUUUCAAGUUGGUGGAUGGAAAGUUUUCUCCGGAUGGAACAUCAAUUAUACUAUCUGAUGAUGUUGGUCAACUAUAUAUAUUAAACACAGGCCAAGGUGAGUCCCAGAAAGAUGCGAAAUAUGAUCAGUUCUUUCUUGGUGAUUAUCGGCCUCUCAUUCAAGACACUCAUGGUAAUGUACUUGACCAGGAAACUCAGAUCAUUCCAUAUCGACGUAAUUUGCAAGAUUUGCUUUGUGAUUCAGCAAUGAUACCAUACCCAGAACCUUAUCAGAGUGAAUUUCAGCAGAGACGACUUGGAGCUUUAGGCCUUGAGUGGCGCCCUUCAUCACUAAAGCUUGCUGUUGGCCCUGACUUCAGUCUGGACCCAGAUUAUCAUAUGCUUCCAUUGGCUGACUUGGACAUGCUUACAGAACCACUACCUGAGUUUAUAGAUGCGAUGGAUUGGGAGCCAGAAAUUGAAGUGUUUGCUGAUGAUACCGAUUCAGAAUAUAAUUUAACCGAAGAUAAUUCUUCCCGCGGUGAGAAAGGAUGUUCAAGCUCCAACGCCUCUGGUGAUACUGGUUGCAGCACAGAUGACAGUGACGAUGAGGACACUCACGUGGAUUGCAUUCGUAGAUCGAAGAGGAAAAAACAGAAGACCGGAAUUGAGAUUAUGACUUCUUCUGGGAGACGUGUGAAAAGGAGGAAUUUGGAUGAGUGCGAAGACAACGUUCUCAGUAGUAGCCGAAGUAGGAAGGGAAAAAGUGGACAAAAAAUAUCAAGGAGGAAAUCUUCAAAGUCAAAAUCUUCCAGACCUCAAAGAGCUGCUGCACGCAAUGCUCUGCAUUUAUUCUCAAAAAUUACAGGUGCACCAACAGAAAGAGAAGAAGAUAGUUUGGUUAGUGAUUCUUCAGAUAGUGACUCAACAUUGCAAGAGUCUAAUAUUGACAGUGAUGAAUCCGGUAGAGCUUCCCAGAAUGACCAACGGAAUUAUUCUAAGGGAAAAGAAGUAUUACUCUAUGAAUCAGAGGACACAAAAUCUCACGAGUUGACUGAUACUAAUGUAAAUGCAACAAACAGGAGGAGGUUAGUCCUCAAAUUGCCAAUUCGGGAUUCAUCCAAACCCACACAUGAGUUUGACAACCAGGCUGGGUUGGUUGGAUCGUCGUCAAAAACUGCUCAAGAAUAUACUGAUUUUAAUAGGAACAGACCGAGUUCUACAGAGCCCGGAUAUUGUUUUGGCAAUGGAAGUUACUCUUCAAUUGAAAGAUCAGGUCAAGUAAAACUUGACCAGGUAGCCGACCAUGUAAACUUACUAGAGAAAAUUAGAUGGGGGGUGGUUAGGGCUCGUUCAUCUAAACCUCUCCGAGCAAGAGAAGCUGUGCCACCAGGUGGAAAUCCCAACUCUGUAAAAUGUCCAAACCUUCUCAAUGAAACAGAAAAUGUUAGUAUUGGGCAUGAGAAAGUGGACAAGGACUUCAGCAGUACAUCAACUCCUGCUUUAGAAAUCCAAAAUGAUGAUAAGGUAGAUAGUUUGAUAGAAAUAGAUGAAAAUUGUGCUGGUACUACCUCUCAGCCUUUUAAAUCUACUGAGAAUGGAGACCCACUCACAGUUUCCAGCAAUUACAGAGAUCAAGAUGAAUCACUAGUUUCUGCAUGCAUGAUUCCCCAGGAUACUAUUGUAUCUGUUGGCCAUAAUGGGGCUGACCAACUACCUGAACCAAAUAUUGGUUUUCCUUCUGUUUCAACAAAGCUAAGGUCUAAAAGGGGUACGAGGAAUCCUGAAAGUCCAUGUAAGCCUGAAACAAAAUCUUCAGUGCUAAAGAAUCAUGCAUCUAGCAGUAAUGUUGAUAAUGAUUUGAACAAUGAAGAGCAUGUAGUUGUCGUUAAGGAUGACAACAAUACUAGAACAUCUAAUCUGAGAGAAAAUGGUUCUCGAGAAGUUGAUGCUCAGGAUAAACAAUUUAGUACUUCACAUGAUUCACUAGAACCAUAUUCACGCAGGGAUAAAAUGUUCAAAGCUGUUUAUAGAAGAACAAGAUCACAUCGGGCUGUGACUAAUUUAGCUGAUGGUAGUGGCUUGGGAGAAUCCACUUCAAAUGGGAGCAACAGUAAUUUCAAUGUGGCAGUGGACAGUAAUGGCACAAAUGAAGCUCUUCAUACCAAUGGUUCCCUAGAGUUGGAACCAGGUACUUGUGACCCAAGUAAUGAGCAGAGUAAUCUUAAAGUGCAGGAAGGAAAUGGAUCUUGUAUACUUAGGAUUCCUCAUGCUGUUCUCAGAAAUAAAGGAAAACUCACAGAAGAAGAGAAGGGUUCUGGUUCAAAAUUGACUGUCGGUUUGAGGUCCACUAGGAAUCGGAGGUCUACUUAUAAUAUUCGUGAGACUAGUCCUGUAAAUAGAAGGAAAUCACUACAAUCAGCUGCGAAGGGAUCCUGGUUGCUGUUAUCAACUCAUGAGGAAGGAUGUAGAUAUAUUCCUCAACAGGGAGAUGAAGUUGUAUAUUUACGACAGGGGCACCAGGAAUAUAUAGAUUAUAGCCGAAAAAGAGAAUCAGGGCCUUGGAUGUCAAUUAAGGAACAUCUAAGAGCUGUAGAAUAUUGUAGAGUUCAAAGCCUUGAGUAUUCUCAUGUUCCAGGGUCUGGUGAUAGCUGCUGCAAAAUGACCCUCCAGUUUGUAGAUCCAAAUUCAAGUGUUGUUGGCAAAACUUUUAAAUUAACCCUGCCCGAAGUGACUAGUUUCCCUGAUUUUCUUGUUGAGAGAACUAGGUUUGAUGCUGCUAUCCAAAGAAAUUGGACACGCAGGGAUAAAUGCAGGGUUUGGUGGAAGAAUGAGGAUAAUUCCUCUGGUAAUUGGUGGGAGGGUCGAAUUCAGUUUGUAAAAGCCAAAUCUUCUGAAUUUCCAGACAGUCCAUGGGAGAGAUAUAGUGUUCGGUACAAGAGCGACCUCUCUGAUGAACAUUUGCAUAGUCCUUGGGAGCUUUUUGACGCUGAUACUCUAUGGGAACAGCCCCAUAUUGAUGAGAACACAAGAAAUAAACUGCUAUCUGCUCUCACCAAAUUACAGCAGUCAGGCAACAAAGUUCAGGAUCGUUAUGGGUUGCAUGAGUUGAACAAAAUUUCAAAUAAGUCGAAAUUUACAAACAGGUUUCCUGUUCCUCUGUCUAUUGAAUUGAUACAGUCAAGGUUGGAGAAUAAUUACUACCGGAGUUUGGAGGCACUGGAGCAUGAUGUCUCAAUUCUCCUAUCUAACACCACCUCUUUUUUUGAAAAGGAUGCAGAGAUGACGGCCAAAAUCAAACGCCUAGCAGAGUGGUUUGCACGGACAUUACCAUCUGUAUAACUCUUUGCUUCUUUAGGACAUAGGCGAGUAUUAAGGUCUAGGCAGCCCCAGCUGCCAUUUUCCCCCAUAAUUUUUUUGUAGAUAGAUUCUUUAUUGUACCUUUGGAUUAGUUUUUUUCCUUCUUGUUUUAGUGAAAUUAGAUUCUGAGGUUAGGAAUAGCAAUAUCGGGAUAAAGUAGCAUUUUGCUGUGGAAAAUUCUGCGGCUACCAUUCAUUAUUUGUACAGAGACACCUUAUUGAUAGCAAAUGCGAAAUUCACAUUCAGAAUUUCUUGUUCUGAGUGGGGUGGUUACUACCGAUGCUUUUCAUUCUUGAACUAUAAUAAUUAUAAAUAGAAGAUUCUUUUGGUUUCAA